CACUGCCGUCCACUCAACCCGACAUUUUGCAAAGUUUCUGCUUUGCGACUUUGCGACUUUCGCCUGCCUUCGUGAUCGACACGAGCGCUACAUUCUUUUUCUCGAAUAAUCCAUCAGCAUGGGCAGCCUCAAGAUGUCGUGGUCGAAAUCGACCCGUAUCAAGGUCAUGAUCGCCAUCGACACCUUCUUCUUCCUGACAGAGCUCAUAGUCGGCUUCUACGCGCACUCUCUGGCUUUGACGGCGGACGCCUUCCACAUGCUCAACGACAUCAUUUCCUUGAUCAUCGGUCUCUGGGCUGUAGUCGCUUCGCAAAAGGCAACGACGGACGAAUUCACUUUUGGGUGGGUGCGCGCUGAGAUUCUCGGUGCCUUUUUCAACGCCGUCUUCCUCAUCGCGCUUUGCGUCUCGAUCAUCCUCGAAGCUGUUACACGACUCGUCGAACCGCCAGAGAUCAAGGAUCCCUGGCUGAUCCUGACCGUAGGCUGCGCUGGCUUGUUUUCGAAUCUCGUCGGCUUUGUUGUUCUCGGUGGCCACGGUCACGCCCACGGUCCCGGAGGUCAUGACCAUGAUCACGACCACUCGCACGAUGAGCACGCGGGGUACGAUCACGAUCACCGGCAAAGCCAUGAUGAAGAGCAAGGUCUCGAACGACCACUCGAGGCUGAAGCUGCGGGCGAAAGAGGUUCUAUUGGAGGUGUACUGCCAGAGGUCGUUGUCCGUCGCGCUACCAAGGGUCGCCAAUCCACUGCCGAAGCCCGCGACUCCCCGAGACGCAUUCGGCUUGGCAACGGCGAUUCCUCCAGUAAGGAUGAUGGAGCCGCUGGUGCCAGCCGUAGGACGUCCUUGCACUCAAAGGAUCGUGGCCGCCGCCGGUCGAGCAGGAGUGGACACACGCGCCUGGCCUCGUUCGACGAUAUGAGUAUUCAUCCACAGAGUUUCCGCAAGGACAUUAUCGCUGCUGUCUCAUCUCCUGCGGCCGAGGACAGCGAAAGCGAGGAGGACGACCAAGUCGCGGAGGAUGCGACCGAAAACUCCCCUUUGCUUGACAAGAAUGGUAGUUCUCACGGUACACUCAAUGGGCCCUCCCAUUCUCACACGAAAAGAGCUCGUCGCGACUCGAGUGUCCACGCAGGCCACAACCACACCUUGCCGCCGAAGAAGUCAAAGGGUGGCCAUGGCCAUAACCACGGAGACAUGGGCAUGAAUGCCAUGGUCCUCCACGUCAUUGGUGACGCCCUGGGCAACCUUGGUGUAAUCAUCUCAGCCUUGAUCAUCUGGAAGACAAACUGGCCCGGCAAGGAGUACGCGGAUCCCCUCGUUUCACUGGUCAUCACCGCCAUCAUCCUCAAGACAGCCAUUCCACUCACGAGCGCAACUUCCAAGGUCCUACUCCAGGCGGCCCCGGAGCACAUUAGUGUGCCUGACAUUCGCCAAGACAUCGAGGCCCUGCCUGGUGUGGUCAGCUGCCAUCAUGUCCACGUCUGGCAACUGUCUGACACCAAGAUCGUGGCCAGCAUGCACCUCCAGGUGACCUUCCCUAUCGACUCGGACUGCGGCGAGAAGUACAUGGAGCUCGCAAAACGUGCGCGCAAGUGCCUCCACGCAUUUGGCAUCCACAGCGCGACCAUUCAGCCCGAGUUCUGCCUUGAUGCUGAGCGCUACCGAGCCAUUGCUGGGAACAGCUUCCAGGGCGUCGCGGAUGCGGCUGGUGGCCCCAAGUCUGACGUGUGCCUACUUGAGUGCAUCGACGACUGCGAAAUGCCCGGCUGCUGUAGUGUGCAAGAGCAGUCAUCCCGGGACUCGUCCGUGCGCCGAGGCAGCGGCUCCUCACAUUCUCACGACGGACAUGCUCAUUAAUAGAGUAGGGCCGCGACACUUUGUAUUUUCUUCUCUCAUGAUUUCGGCAGCAGCAGCAGUCCUACCUUGCUUUGGUUAUAGGCGAUAACCGCAAACUUGACACAAAUUUUCCUUAUCUAUUUGGGCUGACGUUGGGUGGUAUGCUCGGAACAGGCGAGGGACCCUCUCUUGGGUGGCCGACGCGAUUACUGUUUUACGACCAGUUUACUUUGGCGUUCCGUGUGGCGAGUUGGGUAAUGCAUAGAGGUUUAGAUGAAAGGCAAAGGGAGCCUAAUAUACGAAGUCUUUUCCCCGACCAUCUGUCCUACGUACUGCAUGUUCGU